CUUUAAAGGAGGAUAUGUGAAAAGAGCGAAUACGGGUUUAUUAUAAAAGGUAAUCAUGAAUGUAGAGGAACUCAAAGAUUUGCCAGGAUAUAAAGCCAUACUGAAGGCAGUCCUACAGCAACAGAUUCAAGUGCUGGUUGAGCAACUAAGUGAACAGACGGGUGAGGAGACAGUGGUGUUGUCUGCCAACAUAACUGAAGGCACAUUAUCUCACCUUGGUUCAGAAUAUGGGAAAACUUUCUUGGAGAAAGAACAGUCUAUCAAAUCAAAGUUCCUGGGAUUCUGCUUGAGAAAGAACAUGACACCCACCAAUGAUGAAAACAUUUUAAAGGAGGCUGUAGUUACUAAACAGAAGAGAAAGUUGAGUAUUUCAAGUGACAGCAGCUGUAAAGGUUCUAAAUCAAAAUCAGCUAAACUAUCACUUGAGGAUCGAACAUAUAGUCCUGUAAUGCAACAGCAUGCUAUAGGGAUGUUCCCGGACCUUAGUCGUGCCACAUCUGACUACCUGCACAAACUGAACGAAACUGUUGGUCAGGAUGUUAUGAGAAGUGAUGCUUCAGACAAUUUAUUGCAAGAAAAAGAUAGCAAAAUAGGUCAGUUUGCAUUAAAUGACCAUUCUUUGUCUGACCUUAAUCCGUAUAAAAAUAACGUAAAUUACGGUAAAAGUGGGACUGGUCUGGAUAUGUCUAUUGUAAAGAUGGAACCAAGUAAUGAUGGUAUGUACUCUAAUGACUCUACUUACUCUGAAAAUGACAAUGCACACAAGGUUACCUCUCAUUUAUCAGAUUUUAACAUUAUUGAUGCAAACAACAGGAACGCCAAACAAUUAGAGUUGGACUGGAAUCAAAGCUUUGCCAAAGGUUUCAAUGAAAAUGACAGCGCUUUUAAUAAUAGUCUUAGUUCUAGUAAUGGAGAAUUUUCCACCGGAGCUGGUCAGAUGUUGGCACGUCCACAUAGAACGUACAAAUGUGAUUUCUGCGACAAGUCAUUCCGUGAAAAGACAAAUUUGCGUGUCCAUGUACGCACUCAUACUGGAGAAAAACCUUUCAAGUGUUUUCUUUGUGGAAAAGAAUUUGCGCAUAGUUCAAACUUGAAACAGCACGAGAGGGGUGUCCAUAAGUUACCUCCUACAGUACCUCAAUAUAAACAACAGUUUUACACAGGUUUAACAAAAAUUCAGGAAUUAAGCCAAAGUCAGUCAGAAGCCUCUUUCUUUGAUAGUUAUAAUCAACCAAUGUUUCCAGGCCCGCAAGGGAUGGUUUCAGGUGAAAGGAACGGGACUGAAGGACAUCUGGUAAAGGCUGACGUUAAGACUGAAAAAAAUGUAGAUGGUGAAAAUUCAGGGCAUCCUCAAGAAGGAGAUGACAUUCAAACAGAAAACACUCUGGAGGAUGAAAAUUCAAGCCAAAAUAUUCUGAAUAAUGAAACAUGUGCAAGCUCGGAUAAUGUUGUCGGGGAAUCUUCCGAUGAAAUUGAUAGACUAUAAUAAUAUACAAUAACAGCAAAUAAUUUCUAGGUUUUUGAAACAGUCUCUGAAUAUGCUUCAUUUAAUUAAAUAACAGAAGUAAGUAAGAAUGGUCAAGGAAAAGUACUUUUCGGAGUAUUGUAACUGCAUAUUAAACAACAUAUAAAAUUGUGCUCUUCAAGGGGACAUUACCCUUAUUGCAGUCAAACUUGAUCUUAAGACCAGCAUCAAGGAAGUAUAUAUUAAAACAUUCAUCAUGAAAGUGAAAACAACUGUUUAAGAGACCAUAUACAUGUACUAAUUUUUUUUAAAUAUUUCAUUUCAAGAAAAAAAACAUUAAAUAAGCAAUGGCAAAUAAGCAUGACGUAUUGAUUUAGAGAUGUUUUAAUAUUUCUUCACAUUUAAAAGAUAUUUGUAUUUACCAUUUGAAUGGUUGAUAGUAAAAUCUGAAUACUAGGUUUUUGCCAACCUUCGCAAGUAAACAUUUUGCAGUGAUGAUUAUAAUAAGUUUAUUUGUGUUCAAAUUAGAUUAAAGGGUAUAAUUCUAUAUCUUAUAAAAUAUUUUAAUACAAUUUAUCAACAGUAAAGCUAGCUUACGGGACGUCGGUGGUUCUACUCAGGUACCCGUUCGUGCCUGAAAUAAUGCACGGAAGGGCACCUGAGAUCUUCCUCCACCAGUAAAGCUGGAACGUCGCGAUAUGACCUAUACUGUGUCGAUGUGACGUAAAACCCAAAACAAAACAAAAAUCAACAGUAAAGUUAUAUUGCUUCCAUUAUUAUAUGGUUUAUUCCUGAAAAAGUUGUAACAUAGAAUGUCUCUGAUAUUUAAUGCACAUGAAUAAUGUACGUAAACAGAAUAAAAUGUUCCAGGACAAAAUAUUAUUUUGCUAUUUUAAGUAGGGUUUUAUCCGUUUAUAAUGAUUUUGUGCAUGCACCAUUGGCUUUUAAGGCAAUAAAUUACCAUAUUUAUUUCAUACAAGCAUUUUGGAAGCAUACAGUUUUAAAAUUCAAACAAUAAUUUUGCAUCAGAUAUUAUAGCUUUAUACACUUUAAGAUAAAUCUUUUACAAGUCUGUUUAUGUAUAAAUGUGCAUGUUAAGAAGAUUAAGAUUGAGAAUUAACUUAUUAGCUACAAAUUCACUUACUUGUAAAUAAAACUGCAUGUAUAAUUGAAUAAAAUUGAUUUAUUGAUAAAUGAAAUUAUUUUUGUUUGUUAGACAUUUAAAGAUAUACUAUAAGAAAAUAUUGAUAAUUGCUACACAGUCUAUUUGUGAAUAUGAAAAUAAGCAUGUUUUGACUUCUUACAAAGUGCAUUUUUGCAUAUGUCAUGUUUAAAAUUCUACACACUAUAGGACUGUGGUCACAAUAUGAAUAUGUCAACAAAAAAAACUGGCAGUUUUUUUUAAAGACCAGCAUUACUUAAGCUGUUAGAUGGGAACCCAGCAUCCUAGAUAUAGUUUACUCAUUAUUUUAUUAAAAUUAGACAUAUUCAGCAAGAAUUUCAUAGAUUUCAAUAAAUUUCUACGAUUAGAAUAUUUUACUUAAGAGCAUAGUAUAUCUUUAAUUGUGUUUAUGUGUUCAUUGAUGCAUGUGUGUAUAUAAACUAUGUUUAUUUAUGAUACCUCAAGACCUUAUUUGAUAACUGUUCACAUAAUCUUCAUUUGUAUAUUUUUAAAAUCAGCUUCAGUGGUAAUUUGUCAUAAUGGUUAAUUUUGUCUAAUUAGGAUUGAACUUUUCAUGUAACAUAAUAAUUAUCAAAUUAGUUUGUCUAGAGUUUCUGCAUUUACCCAACACAGCUUUACAUGUUUUUUUCUUGAAUUGGAUUUUAUACUAGGUGCUUUUAAUGAUAUACAUAUGAGCCGCGUCACGACAAAACCAACAUAUGUGUUCGGACCAGCAUGGAUCCAGACCAGCCUGCGUUGCAAACCCAUUAUGUCAGUUUUGUCAUGGCGCGGCUCAUAUGUAUUCACCAUACCUAGGUACUUGAAAUGAUAUAUACACCAUACUUGGAUGCAGCUGCUUAAAGUGAUGUGUAGAAACUCAUGUGUCUGAAAAUUAAUGAUUAUGUGAAAUUUCUUUCAAAUAUUUUUCUUUUGUGUUGCAACUUUUACAACUUAUGUUAACUGUCAGUUGUACAGAAACAGCAAAUGUUGCUAAAAGUCCAGCUGAAAUACUUGCAAAUUUGUAAGGCUACUUCCAGCCUAGAAGAAUUAUUUGAAGCCAAAUUUUGUACCACUUAACUCAAAUGAUACUACUGUCUCGAGCUGUAUGCUGGUUUUGACAUUAUAUUAGAUAGAUUUCGAAUCCUGACAGUCUCCAGUUUGGAUUCUUUAAUGAAAGGAAACAAGGAAAUUUGAUAGUUUUACUAAGGUCCUGGCUUGUGCCUGAAAUAAUGCACAAAGUUGCACCUUCAUCCAACUCACCAUAUGACUUAAAAAUAUCAAUGUUACUUAAAACACAACCCAAACAAUAUAUUUUUAAUAAGUAUAUUUUCUGUUAAUAUAUUUUUUAUAUUUUUUUUUCUUAAAUAGGUUUUAAUGAAAUUAUUUAAAGGCCUGUUGCUAUACAUGUUAACCUUAUAAAUUUUUAAUCCAUUUUGAGAUACAUGUAUAUUUCUUAUUAAUAAUCUAUUCAUUCUUAAUUACAUCAAGGUUCAGUGAUAAGCUUUUGCAACAAUUAUAGAGCCAGGCCAGCCUGCAUAUCUGUAGUCUGACCAAUUUUUAGAUGCCAGUUUGAAAGAGCAUAUCUCCUACACACAUGAAGGAAUUUUAAUGAAACUUCAUAGAAAUGUUCACCACUAUGAGAAGCUGUGUCAUCUGCAUGAACCAGUUCUCUAGGUUAAAGGUUAAUGUCACACUUAGAGUUCAUUGAAAAAUGCUUCUUGAGAGCCGAACUUCUACAUUCAUUGGGGGAUUUUAAUGUAACUUGGCACAAAUGUUCACCAUUGUAAGGCUUAUUGCGCACAUAAUUCAGGUCUCUGCUACCAAAGUCAAGGUCACAUAGAUAGGUCAAAGUUUGUGUAUGGGGACCAUUUAGUCAUCAUUUUUUAAUGGAUUGUAACACAAAUGAUAACUAUCAUGACUACAAGUGUGACUCAUGUAAUUUAGGUUAAUAUUUGCAAGGUCAAGGUCACUAGCCAUGAUAAAAUAUCCAGAUAUUUUCCAGAUAUUGCUCAGCAUAUCUCCUAUAUGCAUAUCUAUAAUGCCCACAUCUCUGCCAAAAGCUUUUGUGACAAGGUGUAUUUUGCGAUAAUUUUGCCCCUGUUUUUAUAUUUAAAUCCCUCAUACUUUGAAUGGACUGCUCCAAAUUGAAAGCAGGGUAAAUUCUGCAGGUUAAUGGUUAAGUUAUGAAAUAAUAAAGUCAGCAGUCCAAGAUGAAAUAUAGUGACUACCUGUGCAUGCACAAUAUCCGUCUGCUUUAAUUCACCUAUGCACAGCCUCUUAGCAAACUUGAUAAAGUCCUCAUACAAUUUGUUUAAUUGUCCAAACUUAUUGUUAAUUCUGAAAGUUUUUAGCUCACCUGUCACAAAGUGACAGGGUGAGCUUUUGUGAUCGCUUUUCGUCCGGCGUCCGUCCGUAAACUUUUACUUUAAAUGACAUCUCCUCAUAAACCACUAACCAAAUUUCAUCCAAACUUCACAGGAAUAUUUCUUUGGUGGUCACCUUUGAAAAUUGUUCAAAGAAUUUAAUUCUAUGCAGAACUCUGGUUGCCAUGGCAACCAAAAGAAAAAACUUUAAAUAUCUUCUUCUAAAAAACCCAAAGAGCUAGAGCUUAGAUAUUUGGCAUGAAACAUCUUCUAGUGAGUGUCUACCAAGUUUGUUCAAAUAAAAGCCCUGGGGUCAAAAUUGGCCCCACCCCAGGGGGUCAUUGAUUUUCCCUAUAGGCAUAUAGUAAAAACUUAAAAAAUAUUCUUUUAAAGAACCCAAAGAGCUAGAGCUAAGAUAUUUAGCAUGAAACAUCCUCUAAAUGGUGUCUACCAAGUUUGUUCAAAUAAAAGCCCUGGGGUCAAAAUUGGUCCCGCCCCAGGGGGUCAUUGAUUUUCCCUAUAUGCAUAUAGUAAAAACUUAAAAAAUCUUCUUUUAAAAAACCCAAAGAGCUAGAGCUAAGAUAUUUAGCAUGAAACAUCUUCUAGUGAGUGUCUACCAAGUUUGUUCAAAUAAAAGCCCUGGGGUCAAAAUUGGCCCCGUCCCAGGGGGUCAUUGAUUUUCCCUUUAUGCAUAUAGUAAAAACUUAAAAAAUAUUCUUUUAAAGAACCCAAAGAGCUAGAGCUAAGGUAUUUAGCAUGAAACAUGUUCUAAUGGAUGUCUACCAAGUUUGUUCAAAUAAGAGCCCUGGGGUCAAAAUUGGCCCGCCCCGGGGGUCAUUGAAUUUCCUUAUAUGUGUAUAACAAAAACUUAAAAAAUCUUCUUUGAAAAAAACCAAAUAGCUAGAGUUUAGAUACUAAGCAUGAAACAUCUUCUAGUGAGUGUCUACCAAGUUUGUUGUAAUAAAAGCCCUGGGGUCAAAAUUGGCCCCGCCCCGGGGAUCAUUCAUUUUCCUUAUAUGUGUAUAUUAAAAACUUAAAAAAAUCUUCUUUGAAAAAACUCAAAUAGCUAGAGUUUAGAUAUUAAACACGAAGCAUCUUCUAGUGAGUGUCUACAAAGUUUGUUCAAAUAAUAGCACUGGGGUCAAAAUUGGCCCCGCCCCAGGGGACAUUGAUUUUUCUUAUAUGUGUAUAGCAAAAACUUAUAAAAUCUUCUUUGAAAAAACCCGAAUAGCUAGAGUUUAGAUAUUAAGCAUGAAACAUUUUCUAGUAAUUGUCUACAAAGAUUGUUCAAAUAAAAGCCCUUGGGUCAAAACUGGCCCUGCCCCAGGUGUGUCAUUGUUUUUAACUAUAUGUGUAAAGAAAAAACUUGACCAGCUGGACCUUAGAUGUUUAGCAUGAAACAUCUUCUAAUGGGUGUCUACCACGUUUGUUCAAAUAAAAGCCCUGGGGUUUAAAAUGGCCCCGCUCCGGGGGCCUAUAUACAGGUGAGCGACUUCAGGGCCAUCAUGGCCCUCUUGUUUGUAUUUUUAAUUUGAAAUAUUUUUAUUAAAGCAAAAUAAGACUUUUCCAUCCAUCCAUGUUGUAGGUGUGGGGUAAUAAUAUUAGAAAUAGAACACAUCUCUUCAAGUUGUCAACUGUCGUCUUGUUUUAUUGCCACUGUCUUGUUUUAUUAUGUUCAAUGAAUGGUCUUAAAUCAAAGUCAUCAAUAUGUUAACUGUGUGUGGGCUUAAUUCUUAUGUAAUUUUGUUGUGAUUAAUGCUUCCGAGGGAUCACUUUGUUUCCAGAUUUUAAAGGUCUGUCCCUAAAAUGCUAGGAAGACAUAUGAUAUGUAUACUUUAAUUUUCUGUGUGUACAGUACACUGGUUAUGAUAAGUGUUGAAGAUGGUUGACUUAUCCACAUACGUAUGUCUCUAAAUAACCAAAGAUUUGACUCAUUUUUGUAAAGCAUGAUGAAACCUUGAUUUAAAAAACCCCCCAGAUUUUUCAUUUCCUUUUUUAUAUAAAAUUGAUUGUUUUAGUAAUACAUUCUACAUGUAUGUUUUAUAAAUAUUUACUUUCUAGUCAUUUACAUGUACCAUUCAUUCAUUUUAUGUCCUAUUUUUCUAAUAAGGUACAUAUAACAUGUAUAAUCAAAAUGAAAUGAAAUUACAAAUAAAAUUUUCAAGGAGCAAAA